UCACGAAAACAACAAACACGAACCAGCUGUAAAUGUGAACGCGGUUUAUUAUUCCGGUGAUGUGACUGUUUACAUGUGACCGGGAUUUGAGCUGGAGCUCAUGUUUGUUGGUGUUUGCCUUUUGACUCAGUGACCUACAUACCGGUGGCAUCUUUGUUAGUGGAAGGCGCCAAUCUGCGCCAGUUUGAAAAUGAAUCCGGGCGGCGCUGAGCGGUCUUCGUUAGGCUGAAUGAAACUAAGGCUGAAACGGACCUUUAGUACAAGCUGCAUCGCUGACAGACCGCGUAGAGUCCAUGUUAGCCACUUUUAGUUUAUCAGGCUCGAAGUUACAGUUUAAAUAAAGCGGGGAGCUGGUAGGUGAUGGCGCCAAAACCCAAAAGUAAACGUCCAGCCGGUGACGGAUGAUCUGUUUCCACCCGUAUUACGUCCAUUGUAUUCAUGUGUACUCGACCUCAGAUUGUUGAAGCAGAACACGGAUAUGCUUCGGCCCUGCCUUUCAGUCCAAGCGACUCUGAUAAGAGAAGCAAGCAGAAGAGCAGGAGGAUAUGUGCUGGUGGCAACAGGUCGGUUCACAAUGAGCUGGAGAAAAACAGGCGAGCUCAGCUGAGGCAUUAUCUGGAGCAGCUGAAGAAGCAGGUUCCUGUGUCAUCAGACUCCUCCAGGAACACCACGCUCAACCUGCUGAGACAAGCUCAGCUUCACAUAAAGAAACUUCAAGAGCAGGACGAGCGCGCAGAGAAGCUGAAAGGUCACCUACGCUGGCAGCAGAGGGAGCUGCGGGUUCGGUUGGAGCAGCUGCAGAGAGGGACAGAGAGGAUGAGGAACAACAGCCAGGGGUCCACCAUGUCCUCGGAGAGGUCAGACUCCGACAGAGAGGACGUGGAGGUUGAUGUGGAGAGCAUCGUGUUCGACUGCGUGGAUUCUGACGGGCUGAGCUUUGCACACACGGAUGUAGACCACUGUUACUCCAGCAUGGACAGAGCCUGGCUAUGACUCAAGGGAAAAGACGAUGUGUUUGUUUAGCCAGGAGGAGGAAACGGGAAGAGGAGAAAAACAUUCCAAAAACAGAGGACGAAGGACGAGAUGAAGAUGUUACUGUACAACUAAACUCUCUAGUUUUUAAUGAUCUAAAUGAGAACAGGUGUAUUUGAACUGAACGGGGAAGGAUGUUACAUCAUGAAAAUGCUUCCAUCAACACGUGAUGUCAUUUCCUCACAACCAUCAGGUGUUUUACCUUCCAGUGAUUCAUUGUUUAACAGGAACAAAACGAGGGCUUUUAUACAAGAAUCUGAACUCAUCCAGUAUGCCUGCUAAACUCUGCCUUAAAGCUAUUUAGCUGUUUUAGUCCAGCUUCUCCUUCAGCACCAAAUUUACAAAUGGUUGCAUGCACUUAGACAUUAAUCUGCGCUACAUUGUUUUGUUUCAUUCGUGGUUUAAGCUUUUCAGUUGCAUGCAAAGUCUACUCGUUGCACUCGUUUUGGGUUAAAACUUAAUUAGUCCAACGCAUCAGAACCAGGUCCGUAGCUACGGUGUGAGCAUUAAAGUCUGUUCGAUCAACUGGUACAAAUAUUCACGUUUCUGCAAUUUUGAUUAAUAUUUUUUCUGAGGUCUAAAAUGUUAAUUAUAUGUACAAAGAGUCUAGUCAGGCAGGUAAUCUGUACUUUUAAUGAUCAUGCAACCAGUGCUGUUUUACAAGUAUCGUGUAUUUUUGAAGGUGCUUUUCCCCCUUCACCUCUGUGUAUAUGCAAGAUGCCUUAUCAUUAAUAUUCAUGUCUCUCCGCCCAGUAAUAUUAUGUAGCAUUUUUGUACUGGUGUAAGCUUGUCUUUUUUAAUAUUAUUUUAAACAAAUAAAUAUUUUCUAUAUUUA